GAUCCGUUAGUGCUGUUUGUCCGUUUCUAUAUUAAGAUCGCCUUCGUUCGGCCUCGGGGCAAGAUGCGUGCGCGCAGACGAAACGUCCGCACAAUAAAAUUCAAACGUAGUACAUAUUAUAUUUUUCCAACGAAUCCGACUUUUCUCCAUAUCACAUGAAUAUCGACGUGAUAUUGUGAAAAGAUUUAUCAUAUAUUACAGCAGACACGCAAUGUCUGUGAAGUGAAUGCAAAGUGAAAAUCGAAGUGUAUCGCAGUGAAUUAGAACAAAAUGAAGUUCACGGUAGAUGUUUUGGGAAUAUUUCUCAAAGUUGUCAUUAGGAUAAACAAAGUGACGUUCGCCCCGUUGGUCGUGUCGACGUUGUUUAUCUUGCUGACGUCACUCCUGGCCCACUGCGCGCGGCGGCUCGUCCAGAAGUCGAUCAAGGAGCCCUUCAUCAGGCUCCUGUUUGAGGAGGCGAUAGCUGCAGCUGAACUCUGCGGGUGUUGCUUCGAGCUGAUUGUUGUUGCCGAUAACUUUGGGGUGGCCACGUACGCGAUAUUCCUGUUCGCGUUAACGAUCUGGUGGUCUCUCAACUGGGGAGACGCUACUGCCUGCCCUUACACUCAUAUUGAAGAUGUUAUCGAAGGCAAAGGUGACAUCCGUAAAGCCUUCCUGAAGACUUGGGCGGAGCUGGCCGGUGGUCUUCUGGUCUUCAAAUACGUACAAAUGUACUGGGCAUUGGAAAUCUCUGACACACACAAGGACAAGGCUUAUGAGGAUUGCAAGGCAGAUCUGCAGGUACCAAUGCUCUACGGCGCUGUUGUGGAAGGAAUUGCGACAUGCCUCUGCCGCCUCGCUUCCAAAUCUCUCGGAGAUUUGAACCCUCGAUUCGCGACAGCUAUCGACUCCUUCAUUGGAACAUCUUUGGUCGUUGCAGGGGUCCUCACUAGGCACAAGGUAUUCGUCUACCGCUAUCAGGACUCUAGUGCCAAUGCGGACCUAAGCGUCUCCAUCUUUUGCAAAAUCCAUUUAGGAAAAGCGUUUGAUUACUCCGGUGGAUACUUCAACCCUGUCCUGGCGACGUCCUUGAAGGCUGGCUGCGAAGGUCAUACCCUCAUGGAACACGCUGUGGUCUACUGGAUCGGCGCGUGCGCAGGUUCCAUCCUCUCAGUCUAUAUGUACAAGCUACCUGCCAUCCAGAAGUUCGUCAGAGGAACAGACACUGUCGUUAAUGGUGACAGCAUUUGGGCUGAUAAGGAUGAUUAAGAGAACAAUAAUGCGACUGCACUUAAUAAUUGAUAUUUCAGAUGUUGGAUUCGAAAAGAUAACAAAAUCUCAUAUUAUUAAGAAUUCGUUCGAACAGGCCGGCAUAAUUGUGUUGACUGCCGAGGGGUAAUCAUCUCUCGUCAAUCGACAUUGUAUUAGACCCCACUUACCAUUAGGUGCAGUAGGGUCACAUUGCCCUGAAUAAAAAAAAAGAAGUCAUUGAAUCUUUCUACUGAGAAUUCACUUUUCCUUCACAUGAGAAGUUUGGCCUAAUAAUUCAAAAGUUUAAGAAAGACGUUCCUAAUCUGAGGUGAACAACAAUGAAGUCGAGAUUUAUUGCAAGAAAUCAAUCAUUUUACGUCUUAAAGUUGUUAAUAAAACAAACAUUAACUGGAAUUACAAAACAUUUUGCUGUAUUAGGAUGACCUCAAUAGUAAAAUAAUGAUGAGGGCAAUGUAUGAAGUGCAGUCGCAACGAAGAGUUCAAAGUAUGAAAGUGAUUUUUAUAAAGUGAUAUUCAGCGGUCUAGUCAAAUAUUUCACCUAAGAAUAGGUACUUGUUCUGUUUGUGAAUAAAAGUAUUAUUUUUGUUGAGCCCUUUGUGAUGUAAUCGUUUAUGAAGA